AAAAUACAACAAUGGUGAUCCAAACUUUUAAUAACUUAUUAUCGUCCAAUCAAACGUCACUAUAUCCCCUUAUAAAUAAUCAUCCCACCCCAUUUUCAAUCUCAAUAUCAAGUUUUACACCCACUUCUUCAAAAGUUAAAAAAGCUUUUUUAUCUAGCAAAAAGAACAGAGAAUUAGUAUUGGGUUUUAUCAAAGAAGUAAAAAAGCGUGAUCAAAAUCAAGAAAAAAUGACAAUUGGCUCUGCUAUUCGUCUUUCGGGCCGGAAUUUGGUGGUGAAGGACAGGGUUAUCUUGACUGACGUAUCUGAAAAGGUGGUAACUUCUUCUGGCUUGAAAUCGGGCCAAACGGACGGGACGUUUAUUGGGGCGGUUUUUGAUGAAGAAUGUAGCAGACAAGUGGUGUCGCUUGGGCGGCUUAAUGAUGUCCGGUUUAUGGCGUGUUUUCGGUUUAAGUUAUGGUGGAUGGCCCAGAAAAUGGGGGAUAAAGGAAGUGAAAUUCCAUUGGAGACACAGUUUCUAUUGAUGGAAACUGUUGAGGAGAGUGAAAAGGUGUAUAUUGUCUUUUUGCCAUUAACUGAAGGGUCUUUUCGAGCUUGUCUGCAAGGUAAUACUUCAGACGAGCUCGAAGUUUGUGUUGAGAGUGGUGAUGUGGAUAUUAAAGGGUCUGUUUUUUCACACACGGUUUAUGUUGGUGUGGGAACAGACCCUUUUAGUACGAUUUCAGAUGCAAUUAAUGUAGUUAAGUUGCAUCUGAAGACGUUUAAGCAACGUGAGGAUAAAAAGCUUCCCGGGAUAGUUGAUUAUUUUGGGUGGUGUACUUGGGACGCAUUUUAUCAAGACGUGACUCAAGAAGGGGUCGAGUCCGGAUUAAAAAGUUUGGCUGAAGGUGGGACCCCUGCAAAAUUCGUGAUCAUUGAUGAUGGAUGGCAGUCUGUUGGAUCAGAUGCUAAAAAGAUUGAGGAAGAAGAAGAAUCACAACCUUUGAUGAGGCUAACUAGCAUUAAAGAAAAUGAAAAGUUUCAAAACAAGGAUGACCCGACAACUGGGAUCAAGAACAUAGUAAAUGUCGCGAAAAAUACAUACGGGCUGAAAUAUGUGUAUGUGUGGCACGCGAUUGUAGGGUAUUGGGGUGGGGUCCGCCCUGAUGCAGAGGGUAUGGAGGAAUACGGGCCGUUGAUAAAAUAUCCAAUAGCCUCAAAAGAGAUUGUCGCUAAUGAUCCUACAUGGAAGACCGAUGUAUUGGCUUUACAAGGUUUGGGAGUAAUGGACCCGAAAAAAGUUUUCAAAUUUUACAACAAUUUACACAGCUACCUGGCUGCAGCCGGUGUUGAUGGGGUCAAGGUCGAUGUGCAGAGCAUUUUGGAGACGCUCGGAACUGGUUUUGGUGGUCGGGUUGCACUAACCCGACAGUACCAUCAGGCACUUGAUGCAUCUAUUGCUCGGAAUUUUCCAGAUAAUGGCUGCAUUGCCUGUAUGAGCCACAACACAGAUUCCCUAUAUAGCUCUCAACAAACAGCAGUGGUUCGGGCUUCAGAUGAUUUCUAUCCUCGUGAUCCUGUUUCACACACUAUCCAUAUUGCAGCCGUGGCUUACAACAGUGUGUUUCUUGGAGAAUUUAUGCAGCCCGAUUGGGAUAUGUUCCAUUCGCUACAUCCUGCAGCUGAGUACCAUGCAUCUGCAAGGGCUAUUAGUGGUGGCCCGAUUUACGUAAGUGAUGCUCCUGGGAAGCAUAAUUUUGAUCUUUUGAAGAAACUUGUAUUGCCUGAUGGCUCUGUGCUUCGAGCCCGAUUGCCAGGUAGACCUACUAAAGAUUGUCUUUUUACUGACCCAGCCCGUGAUGGUGUUAGCUUGUUAAAGAUUUGGAAUAUGAAUAAGUACACUGGAGUUAUCGGUGUUUAUAACUGUCAAGGAGCUGCAUGGAACGCUACUGAACGAAAAAACGCUUUCCAUGAAACCCAAACCAUUGCUAUAACUGGAACUAUCAGGGCUGGUGACGUGCACCUCAUUAGUGAUGCUGCAGUGGGUCACGAUUGGUCUGGGGACAGUGUGGUGUACCGUCAUCAUACUGGAGAGCUUACUGUUCUACCUCAUGAUGUUGCCAUACCAGUUUCGUUAAAUGUUCUUGAACAUGAAAUUUUUACAGUUACACCCAUUAAGGUUUUGGGGCCGGAUAUGAGUUUUGGCCCCUUAGGGCUGAUUGACAUGUUCAAUGGUGGUGGAGCCAUUGAUGAGCUAGAGUACAUAGUUGAAAGUGGUUCGGUGAUUGUGGCUAUGAAGGUCAAGGGAUGUGGAAGGUUUGGUGCAUACUCGACGGCUAAUCCCAAAAGGUGCAUAGUUGGACCAAGUGAAGUUGGAUUUGCAUAUGAUUCAGAAUCUGGGCUGGUGAUUUUGAACUUGAAUCAUAUGCCUGAGGAUCAGAUGUGUCAUUAUGUCAAGAUUCAUUUCUGAAUUAAUUAUAAGCUUUAAAAUAGAUAUAAAGUAGCAUGAUGGUGUUAUUGAAGGGAUAUACCCUUAUUAAUUCUUAGGCUUAUUGCCUGAAAUAUGAAAAAUUGGAUCAUUGAUAGAAUUCUUUGUAGCUCUUUUCUAUACUAAUAAUAACAUUACUAAUGUAAGUUUAUUUCUUUUUACUAUAAA